UCCUGGUUAAUGAUUAUCAUGGUUUUGUUUAUUUUUUCCUUCACAAAAGAAAUCCAUUCAGUGUUCUGUUUCUGACAUGACAGGAAACUCAUGAAAGUACAGCCACAAUGAGCAAGCUAAUUCUAAUUGCAGGUAUCUGUCUUUCCCUCGGCAGUCUGGUCUCAUCCACCAGAUUAGUGUGUUAUUUCACUAACUGGGCCCAGUACCGACCUGGCAGUGAGAAGUUUAAGCCUGAAAAUAUUGAUCCAAAUCUGUGUACCCACCUGAUCUAUGCCUUUGCUGGUAUUAACGAGGCAAAUGAGUUGGUCACCAUAGAAUGGAACGAUGACCAACUCUAUAAAUCCUUUAAUGGGCUCAAACAGAGAAAUCCAAAUCUAAAAACACUGCUGGCAGUCGGAGGCUGGAACUUUGGAACACAGAAAUUCACUACAAUGGUGUCAACCAAAGCCAACAGAAAUACAUUUAUCCAGUCUACCAUCCAGCUACUGAGAAACUAUGAUUUUGAUGGACUUGAUCUUGACUGGGAAUACCCUGGUUCAAGAGGAAGUCCUCUGGAGGACAAGCUGAGAUUUACCACAUUAUGCAAGGAACUCCUAGAGGCCUAUGAGGCCGAGGGAACAGCUACUGGCCGGACCAGGUUAAUGAUCUCUGCUGCCGUGUCUGCUGGGAAAGGAACUAUUGAUGCUGCUUAUGAAAUCGCAGAGAUAGCAAAGUACCUGGACUUUAUUAAUGUGAUGACAUAUGACUUUCAUGGCGCCUGGGAGAGUGUAACAGGACAUAAUAGCCCCUUAUACAAGGACUCCCAAGAUACUGGGGAUCAAGUUUACCUAAAUACUGACUUUGCCAUGAGGUAUUGGCGGGACAAGGGAACACCUGUAGAAAAACUAAACAUGGGCUUUGCUACAUAUGGGAGAACAUUUCGACUGUCUACUCAGUCCAGUCAGGUUGGAGCACCAGCCAGUGGUCCCGCCGCUGCAGGUGCUUUCACCAGGGAGGCUGGCUUCUGGUCCUAUUAUGAGAUUUGCACUUUUCUUCAAGGGGCCAGCAUCCACUUAAUUGAGGACCAGAAAGUUCCCUAUGCUGUCAAACAAGAUGUGUGGGUUGGGUAUGACAACAAAGACAGUUUUAGGACUAAGUCCCAUUACCUGAAAGACAGCAGAUUUGGGGGAGCUUUUGUCUGGACUGUGGAUCUGGAUGACUUUAAUGGACAGAUGUGUGGACAGGGAAACUACCCUCUUAUCAGCUAUCUCCGCUCACUUUUAGCUGCAGACCUUCCUCCCCUUCCCUCUACAGAAACCACCACAAAUCUAUUGACUCCACCUACAAACGUGGAUCAACCUGAUGUCGCACGUCCUCCCAGACCUACAACCACUUCUGCAUCCAAAAUCACAGACAACUUUUGUGCAACAAAGACUGGUGGGAUUUAUGCCAAACCUGAUGCCCCAGGUUCAUACUACAGCUGUGCAAAUGGAAUCACCUGGAUACAAAACUGCCCUGCUAAUUUGGUCUUUCGAGAUAGCUGCAAAUGCUGUAACAGACCCUAAAAAGUUUGCUAAUCAUUCUGCAUUCCACAAGCCCUGAUAUCUGUGGUUACAAUUUUAUCAGUGUGCUUUGUCUUAAGUUUAUCUAACUAUGGGAACGUAGUUCUUGUCAGAAAAUUUUUUUUCCUUCAAGUGCAACUAAUUACCAACUUUGGGUAUAAUAUAAGUCAGUUCCUUUGUUUUUCAUAAGGAGAGCUAAUUAUACAAUAUUAUUCAUUGAACAACUGCAAUCCUAACAGAAGCAUCAGUUUCAGGGCUUUUCAUUACACUGCAAAAUUAAAUAUACCAAAAUAUAUCCUGUUAUAGUCUAUGGUCUAAUGGUAUAAUAAUGUAUAACAUAAUAAAAAGAUAUAAUGCUGAAACACUAGUACAACACCAUCAGCAGGUUUUAGAUUCAUUAUUAUCAUUUAUUUUUUGUUGCAAAGCACCACAUGGAUCUGCCAAGAAAUAGUCAAACUGAAACCCAUUUAUCUGAAUAUUAAAAAACAUGAAUGAGCGUGUGGCUGUAAAACAGUAAGAUAAGAUCUUGUCAACAUUUAUUCUUCACAAUGAAUUAAACCUCUUGUCAGCUA